AUGUUUCGGUCACUUGCGCCCCGCGCCGCCCAGAGGGCGACGCGCCCCGUCUCCCAAAGCACAUUCUGCGCAUCCAACAUCUACUUCCAGAAUCGGUUACGACGAGGCUUCGCCUCCGAAGCUGAGGAAAAGGACUUGGUCAUCAUCGGUGGCGGUGUCGCAGGAUAUGUCGCAGCUAUCAAGGCGGGACAGGCUGGCAUGAAGGUCGCCUGUGUCGAGAAGCGUGGCUCCCUCGGUGGAACCUGCUUGAACGUCGGCUGCAUUCCCUCAAAAUCCCUCCUCAACAACUCGCAUCUCUACCACCAGAUCCUCCACGACACCAAGGGCCGCGGUAUCGAGGUCGGCGAUGUCAAGCUUAACCUCCCCGCCAUGAUGAAGGCCAAGGAGACCUCCGUCUCGGGCCUGACAAAGGGUAUCGAGUUCCUCUUCAAGAAGAACAACGUCGAGUACAUCAAGGGCACUGGCGCUUUCCAGGACGAGCACACCGUCGCAGUCAACCUCGUUGAGGGCGGCGAGACUACCGUCCGUGCAAAGAACAUUCUCAUUGCCACCGGCUCCGAGGCUACUCCCUUCCCCGGCCUGACUAUCGACGAGCAGAAGGUCAUCACAAGCACUGGCGCCAUUGCGCUCCAGGAGGUCCCUAAGAAGAUGGCUGUUAUUGGCGGUGGCAUCAUUGGUCUCGAAAUGGCAUCCGUCUGGUCGCGUCUCGGUUCUGAGGUUACCGUUGUCGAGUUCCUUGGUCAGAUUGGUGGCCCUGGUAUGGACGCAGACAUCGCGAAGCAGUCCCAGAAGUUCCUUGCAAAGCAGGGACUGAAGUUCAAGCUCAACACCAAGGUCACCGCUGGUGAGGUCCAUGACGCUGGUGUUAAGAUCAACGUUGAGGCCGCAAAGGGUGGCAAGGAGGAGACGCUUGACGCCGAUGUCGUUCUUGUCGCUAUCGGUCGCCGCCCAUACACUGCCGGUCUUGGUCUUGACAACAUUGGUCUCGAGGUUGACGAGAGGGGCCGCCUCAUCAUCGACCAGGAGUACCGCACCAAGAUCCCCCACAUUCGCGCCAUUGGUGACUGUACUUUCGGACCUAUGCUUGCCCAUAAGGCUGAGGAGGAGGCUGUCGCCGCCGUCGAGUACAUCCACAAGGGCUACGGUCACGUCAACUACGGAGCCAUUCCCUCCGUCAUGUACACCCAUCCUGAGGUCGCAUGGGUUGGCCAAAACGAGCAGGAACUGAAGGCUGCCGGUAUCAAGUACAAGGCUGGAAGCUUCCCCUUCUCUGCCAACUCAAGAGCGAAGACCAACCUCGACUCUGAAGGUGUCGUAAAGUUCCUCGCAGAUGCCGAGACUGACAGGAUAUUGGGCAUCCACAUCAUUGGUGCCAACGCUGGUGAGAUGAUUGCAGAGGGAACUCUUGCGCUCGAGUACGGUGCUAGCUCGGAAGACGUUGCACGAACAUGCCACGCUCAUCCUACGCUCGCCGAGGCCUUCAAGGAGGCUGCUAUGGCCACCUACGACAAGGCCGUCCAUUACUAGAUUCCCCUCCAAUUCAGUUCACGUUUUCUUUUCAGCAUCAGCGGGCAUGAUCUUGAGCUCUCGAGUGGGGAGUCUGUGAAUAGUAUCCUGUAAAACAUAUCUGAUGCUUAUGCUUAUGCUCGUCUGGAAGAAUAGACCGUUGAUUGCUUGAGAA